AUGAGUACUUCGCAAAAAACAGAUCCCCCACUUAUGUUAUCAUCAUCCGACGACAAACAAAAUCAACAAUCAAACGUUCCGGCAAGUCCUCCUCCACCUUAUCCUCAACAAUCCUUUUCUAGCAUGUCAACAGAUGAUGCUUCUCGUGGAGUUCCUCCUCAAGGUUAUGCUGAACCAAGUCAGCCUCAAGUUGUUUAUAUUGACCAACCACAACACACACAACAACCUUCUCAAACCAUUAUCAUGCAACAAGCUCCUCAAUUCGUGAAUAUUACUUCGCCAUCUCCCGUUAGAAUAACUUGUCCUUAUUGUAGUAAUGAUAUUGUUACAACUGUUGCAGAAACUCCUGGAAGUACUGCAUAUAUUCUUGCAGGUAUUUUAUGUUGUAUAUUCUGGCCACUCAUGUGGCUGCCUUGUGUUAUGUCUGGAUGUUUGGAUAAAAUUCAUUCUUGUCCCAUUUGUAGAGGUACAUUAGCCACAGUUAGAGCAUAA